GAUGAACCGGUGGGUGCCGGUUCAUUUUUGGUUUUAUAAAACCGGGUUCUCAUUUCUACCCUAUAUAAAGAGGAGCACUUGCAGUUAAUUCUCCGUUGUCUACUCCGGCGAUAGUUUACCGGCGGCGAGUGGAAGUUGUCUCUCUCACUAUAUCUACUGACUAAUCAUGUCUAGGAAGAUGCUAAUUGAUGGAGAGUUGAGCAAACCUGGUGAAGAAGAAGCGCACUAUGACUUUGAUUUAUUCGUAAUAGGUGCUGGAAGUGGUGGGGUUCGAGCUAGUCGGUUUUCAGCCCAAUAUGGAGCUAAGGUUGCAAUCUGUGAGCUUCCGUUUGAUCCCAUCGGCUCUGAAGUUAGUGGGGGAGUUGGUGGAACGUGUGUUCUUCGUGGUUGCGUUCCUAAAAAGAUUUUGGUUUAUGGAGCAGCCUAUGGGCCAGAACUGGAGGAUGCAAAGAAUUAUGGAUGGGAAGUGAAUGAGAAAGUCAAUUUCAACUGGAAGAAGCUUUUGCAUAAAAAGACCGAGGAGAUUGUACGGUUAAAUGGGAUCUAUAAGAGGCUACUUUCAAAUGCAGGAGUAAAACUAUUUGAAGGUGAGGGAAGAGUGGUAGGUCCAAAUGAAGUUGAGUUAAUUCAACUGGAUGGCACCAAGAUAAGCUAUUCGGCGAAGCACAUUCUAAUUGCAACUGGUAGUAGGGCUUAUCGUCCAGACAUUCCAGGACAGGAGCUAGCCAUAACUUCAGAUGAAGCCUUGAGCUUGGAAGAGUUACCAAAGCGUGCUGUGAUACUUGGUGGAGGGUACAUUUCUGUUGAGUUUGCUUCUAUAUGGCGAGGAAUGGGUUCAACGGUGGAUCUAUGUUUCAGAAAGGAACUCCCACUGAGAGGUUUUGAUGAUGAAAUGCGAGCUGUAGUUGCAAGAAAUCUAGAAGGCAGAGGAAUCACUAUGCAUCCUUGCACGACAUUGACUAAGCUUGAAAAAGCAGAAGGUGGCAUCAAAGUGCACACUGACCAUGGUGAAGUGAUAUUGGCAGAUGUUGUGCUCGUUGCAACUGGUCGUCUCCCUAACACAAAAAGGUUGAAUCUGGAUGCUGUUGGUGUCGAGCUUGACAACAUGAAAGCGGUGAAGGUAGAUGAGUACUCCCGCACCAAUAUACCCAGCAUUUGGGCCAUUGGUGAUGUCACCAAUCGAAUGAAUCUUACUCCUGUUGCUUUGAUGGAAGGAACCUGUUUUGCGAAAACUGUUUUUGGUGGAAAGCCUACCAAGCCUGACUACUCACAUAUCCCAUGUGCUGUGUUCUGCAUCCCGCCUCUCUCUGUUGUGGGGUCCAGCGAAGAACAGGCCAUAGAGCAAGUAAAUGGAGAAGUUUCAGUUUACACAUCAUCAUUCAAUCCAAUGAAGAACACCAUAUCUGGACGAACAGAGAAGUCAGUAAUGAAGCUUCUUGUUGAUGCCCAGACAGAUAAAGUUAUAGGGGCAUCCAUGUGCGGUCCAGAUGCACCUGAAAUCAUGCAGGGCAUUGCCGUUGCACUAAAGUGUGGAGCAACCAAGGAGCAGUUCGACAGUACAGUGGGAAUACAUCCUUCUGCCGCAGAAGAGUUUGUGACCAUGCGUUCAGAGUCGAGGCGCGUUUCUUCAAACAAACCAAAGACAAACCUCUGAGGAACCAAAGAUGUGAUAAAACCAUACUACCACAUAAAAAAAAAAAAGAGGGUGAUUUCAUGAGGAAAAAAAAAAGAACACCUACAUUCAGUAUUUACUUCAUAGUAUUUUAGCUACAUGGUGCGAUUUUGUUUUUGUGAUUUUGAAUACGUUUGUGAGGACCAACAGAGAAAUAUCUGCAUGUUGAAUAAACAUUAGCGCUUGGGUCUUUUGAUAAUUGUACUAGCAGCAAGUUUCAAGCACUGAUUUGGUGUUAAUAUAUCCCCAAUCUGAGUUGAGAAAAUAGUCUCUCUACCUCCACGAGGUAAGGGUAAGUCUAUGUACACUUAAACCCUCAACAGAUCCUAGCUGUGAGAUUAUUGUUAUUGUACUUUGCCUUUUCAAUCUAUUUGUCUAAGUUUUACUCGGAAUAGAAGAUUUAUCAAUCAUGUGA